ACUCCUCGUAUCCUGUUCUUUGCUUGCCUCCCGGUCCCCCUCCCCGCCGCCUCCUCCUCUUCCCUCGCCGCGAAAAAGGGGGGAAAAUAAAAAUAAAAUUUCACGGCUUCAUCUCCUCGUCGUCCUCCUCCUCACUGAUCUCCCCCCCCCCCCGGAUUCGGUGCUCGCCUGGCGAUUCCUUGCGAGAUGUUGAUCCCAUGGGGCGGAGUCGGGUGCUGCCUCAGCGCCGCGGCGCUGUAUCUCCUCGGGAGGAGCAGCGGCAGGGAUGCGGAGGUGCUGCGAUCGGUGGCGAGGGCCGGAAGCACGAAGGAUUUGGCUGCUAUAUUGGACACUGCAAGUAAGGUCCUGCCACUUGUAGUGGCAGUCUCUGGACGGGUUGGUUCAGAUACACCACUUAUCUGCCAACAAAGUGGCAUGAGAGGUGUAAUAGUAGAGGAAACGGCAGAACAACACUUCCUAAAGCACAACGAUGCUGGAUCAUGGAUUCAAGAUUCCGCUGUGAUGCUUUCUGUUAGCAAAGAAGUUCCAUGGUACCUGGAUGAUGGUACCGGCCGUGUUUUUGUUGUUGGAGCUCGUGGUGCAGCUGGGUUAGUUUUAACUGUUGCUAGCGAAGUUUUUGAGGAGUCAGGGCGGACACUUGUGCGUGGAACUCUAGACUAUUUACAAGGGCUGAAGAUGCUUGGAGUCAAGAGAACUGAAAGGGUUCUUCCAACUGGAACUUCAUUGACUGUUGUUGGUGAGGCCAUUAAAGAUGAUGUUGGAACUAUUCGAAUUCAGCGACCACACAAAGGACCAUUUUAUGUAUCCCCGAAAAGCAUCGAUCAACUUAUCAUGAAUCUUGGGAAAUGGGCCAAGUUAUACCAGCUUGCUUCCAUGGGAUUUGCAGCAUUUGGUGUCUUUCUUCUUGCAAAGCGUGCACUACAGCAUUUUCUCGAAAGAAAACGACGACAUGAAUUACAGAAGAGGGUUCAUGCUGCUGCUGCACAAAGACAAGCUAGAGAAGCUGAAGGGGGCAAUGGUACAUCAGAUGUAGAUUCUAACAAUAAAAAGGAUCAAUUGGUCUUGGACAUAUGUGUCAUAUGCCUUGAACAGGAAUAUAAUGCUGUUUUUGUGCCGUGUGGCCACAUGUGCUGCUGUAUGAACUGCUCUUCUCAUUUGACGAAUUGUCCACUUUGCCGGAGAAGAAUUGACCAAGCUGUGAGAACUUUCCGCCAUUGACAGCACUUCGAUGCAAAAUCUGGUACCGCAUCUUUCAGAUCCACUUGAUUCUUGGAAUGUGGACUGCUGUCACCUGAUUCUUGGAAUGUGUGUCACCUGCGUACUCCCUCUGUCCAGAAAAACUCAACCGAGGGGAUGACCCCUCCUAGUACAACGAAUCUGGACAGAAUCCAAGAGGGGAUGUGACCCCUCCUAGGUUGAGUUCUUUCGGGAUGGAAGGAGUAUGACAUUUGAUCUGCAGUAUUGCGCCGAAGCAACGCAGGUAAAAACUCAUAAUAGGAUAUACUUUCUGGCCAUCAUGUCGAUUGCUGUUCUUGCCUGUAGUGUACAAUCGCGUCCAGAAUGUCUUGUGUAAAUGUGCAUUGGUUUUCACAGCACGCUUACUUGUUAGUAACAUGGAUGUUAAUAUUUCUUUGUGCCCAGUGUAUCCUGCCUAUUAGGGGUAUGAACUUGUUUUUUCUUUUUUCUUAUGAAUGGAAUGGUUCUUGUGUACUCAGUUUGGCCCCUGCUUGGAACACAUAAUUUCAGAGUUUCCAGGGCAA